GGGCAGGCAGUCCGGGAAGGAGGGGUCUUAAGGGGCGGCGAGCUCAGGUCGGAUUUCCUCUGAGGCUGACGAUCCGCGAAGCUCCCACCUUCCCUUAGAGCUCGUUGCAGCCUCCCUGCCCCGCGCCCUCCAGAGACCGCGACGGGACCAUGAUGUGGACACGCUGGCUCGCGCUCGCGCUGGUGGCGGUCGCCUGGGUCCACGCCGAGGAAGAGCCAAGGAGCAAAUCCAAGAUCUGUGCCAAUGUGUUUUGUGGAGCCGGCCGGGAAUGUGCAGUCACAGAGAAGGGAGAGCCCACUUGCCUCUGUAUUGAGCAAUGCAAACCUCACAAGAGGCCUGUGUGUGGCAGCAACGGCAAGACCUACCUCAACCACUGUGAGCUGCAUCGAGAUGCCUGCCUCACUGGAUCCAAAAUCCAGGUGGAUUAUGAUGGACACUGCAAAGAGAAGAAAUCUGUAAGUCCAUCUGCCAGCCCAGUGGUUUGCUAUCAAUCCAACCGCGAUGAACUCCGGCGUCGCAUCAUCCAGUGGCUGGAAGCAGAAAUCAUUCCAGAUGGCUGGUUCUCUAAAGGCAGCAACUACAGUGAAAUCCUAGACAAAUACUUUAAGAACUUUGAUAAUGGUGACUCUCGCUUGGACUCCAGCGAAUUUCUGAAAUUUGUGGAGCAAAAUGAAACUGCCAUCAACAUCACUACCUAUCCAGACCAGGAGAACAAUAAGCUGCUGAGAGGACUCUGUGUUGAUGCACUUAUUGAACUGUCUGAUGAAAAUGCUGACUGGAAACUAAGCUUCCAAGAGUUCCUCAAGUGCCUCAAUCCAUCUUUCAACCCUCCAGAGAAGAAGUGUGCCCUGGAGGACGAAACGUAUGCAGAUGGAGCUGAGACUGAGGUGGACUGUAACCGCUGUGUGUGUGCCUGCGGAAACUGGGUCUGCACAGCCAUGACCUGUGACGGAAAGAAUCAGAAGGGGACCCAGACCCAGACAGAGGAGGAAAUGACCAGAUAUGUCCAGGAGAUCCAAAAGCAUCAGGAGACAGCUGAAAAGACCAAGAGAGUGAGCACCAAAGAGAUCUAAUGAGGAGGCAUCUGGGAAUGGUGUCUAGAGCCUGGCACCUUCUCUUCCACUUCAGUGCUGAGUCCAGUAUACGCAAGUGUCUGCUACAAUCGCCAAAUCACCAGUAUUUGCUUGUAUAGCAAUGAGUUUUAUUUUGUCUAUUUGUUUUGCAAUAGAGGAAAUGGGGGUGGCUGGCUAGGAGGGAGAGGGCCAUAGCCUUCAUUUCUAGGAGCGCUUUGAGAGAAACUGUAAAUGAUGCUCAGGGGCUGGAGACAAGUUAAGAAACUGCAUCAGGGUUGGGAGAGGAGUGGACCCAGAUCUGGAACACUUCUGAGUCCACCACAGCUUUGAUCAUGCUGUAGGGAGUACAGGCAAUGAGAAAGAACUUAGCAGGCUGUCCCCAGAGGAAGGCUUUGGGAAAGUCAGUAGAGAAGACUGCAUUCUGCUUCCAGCCCUUCCUGCUGCCAUCAGCGUAACAGAUCUCCAGCAUCUGUGCUUCUCCUCAUGGCCCCAACCACUGGCUCUAGAUACAUGGCCAUCUUGCUAGUUACCCAAUGACUGCAGGGUGCACCCAAAUGAUGCAGGUACUUGUAGACUUUGAGCCCCUUAGAGACCUAACCAAAUUUUAAAAAUACUUGUUACCAAAGGUGCUAUUUUUCUGUAAACUUUUUUUUGGCAAGUCGAUUUCACUCUUCCAUUAUUAUCAUUGUAUUAUUGUUGUUGUUGUUUAAUAUUUUUAUUUUCUUGACUAGAAUUGAGCUUUUGUAAUUAUUUUUCAUUAGUCCUACCAUUUCAGAGGUGGGAGAGUUUGGGGUCCUUCUUGGUACAGGGACUGCUAUUACCCAGACUCCCCUCACGCUGCCACAUACUAGAUGUAGCCCAGAAUUUGCCCCCUGGCUUCCAGUGGGUCAGCAGCCUGCCAGAGAAGCAGGGUGUGCCUCGAACAGAAGCCAGGAGAAUUUUCUCUGUAUAAAGCUUUUAAGAUCCAAAAAGCAAAUUUGUUUUCAUUUAUUCUGAUAGAUUUAUGCAAAUCAGUAUCCCAAAGAAUGGCGACAAGUGCAGCUAAGCAAGGCUUCGCUGUCCCAGCCUGUCAACAUGCCCAUUGAUCUUCCACUAACGAGGACAGUGACUCUGGCCCUGUCUCUUCCUAUUUCUGGGCCUCAGUUUCCUCAGUGAGCAGGUAGGAAUGCAUUAAACUGUUGAUUUGAGAAAUUGUAAAUUCUGUGGUUCUGAUCAUUGGUCAAGAAGGAGACAAGUUCCUGUGAUUCUCCUCCUUCUUCUUAGGAUAAAUGAAACCUACUGUCAUAACAAGUAUGGUCAGACAGCCAAAAACAAGAUGACCAAAUUUAACCUCAGUCUGAAUGGCCCCACGGGCUGUGCUGUGAUGUAGAGCCCUCAGGUAAAGCCUGCUCAGAACUGUGAGAAGGAGAAGCACUCCACUCUGUCCUUACUUGUACAUUUCAUCUUUAACCUCGGGAGCAGAAAUGGCUUUCCUAUUAGAGAUGAGGACAAAAGAAGGUUUGCCAUUUCGAGGGAAGGCAAAAAUUGGAAUUUGACUCUUAACACUGUGACAGUGUCUUUUUGGCUUCUGUGAUAAUUAACCCCACUCAGUACCAUGUUUAAGAUGCAUUUGGAAUAACAAAAUUAUAAACUUCACAUAAGAUCUCAUUUUCAGGAAGCAGAUUAUAGACCACCAGAGGGAAGUAACAUAGGCUAUAUUGCACAGGCAGCUCUGAAAAAGUUGUGCUGAAAAUGGAAUUUGUUCUAAACAAGUUCCCUUUUUCUCCUUUGAAAGACCAUUCUCCACUUUGUUUAGAAUUCUGAGCUUUUAUAAACCAUCCCACUUGAAAGCUCUCUUCGAACCCCACUUGUGUGGUCUGAAAUGCAUCUCCCUGUCAAAAUACCUUGGAGAACUCCCAACAGCACACCUUGAUCCACUUUUGCCAGUCCUUGGACACUAUUGAAGAGAGGGCCGAAGUACCAUUUGGUUUAAAGCAAGAAGGCAGAGUGUCUCCUCACCAGUUACAUUUAGGUCAGUGGUUGCCCUCCAAGAUGACCCCCAUCCUGCAAUACUGAAUUCCCAAGAGCAAAUCUGCAUUCCUCCUGUAAAUAGGGAAGCUACUGUCUGCACCAUAGACUCACGUGAUCUAACAGUCAUUCAUGGAAAGCUGCUAAAUAGCCUAGUUUGGGGAGUCUUGCAUGGAGCUUUGCAUGGAGCAAAUAAACAGGAUUAAAACAGGUUCAGUUCCUCCAACUCUCUAAAAGCAUCGGGCCUAGACGACAAGCUUCCUUGCGCUUUCUCUGUGUAUAUGUUUUUUAUAAACAUAUUACAGCAUCUGUUAAGAUUCAGUGUCCAUGGAAACCUUCUCAAAUGCCAUGACUCUGGACUCCAUCACUCUUUGGAAAGCAGGGCUCCUCCACCUGCUAAUAAGCCCAUGUGGACCAGUCUGAAUGUCUUUCCUUUACACUUAUGUUUUUAAAUAGUCAAAUUUCAAGAAACAGUUUGGACAGGUUUCUGUUGCCUGUGUGUUUGUGAAAUGUAUUUGUAUUUAGUAGGCUUCCAUAUUUCAUUUAACUUGUUUUUGUAACUCCUGAUUCUUUUUUGGAUACUAUUGAUAAAUAAAGAAAUUAAAAUAA